AUGGAGGGUCAUAAACCUGUUUGCAUCAUUACUGAUCAAGAUCCUGCAAUGAAAGUAGCCAUCAAAAAUAUUUUUGACACGUCUACUCAUAGGUUUUGCAUAUGGCAUAUAAUGAGAAAACUUUCAGAAAAGGUGGGAAGCACUUUGAGUAGUAAUGAAGAUUUUAUGAACCAAUUUAAGUCUUGUGUGUAUAAUUCAGAGACAAAGGAGGAAUUUGAAUCAUCUUGGAAAUCAGUUAUCAAUGAAUUUGAGUUACAAAAUAAUGACUGGCUUUCUCAGAUGUUUUCAAUUAGGAACUUGUGGAUACCAGCUUAUUUCAGAGAUGUUUUCUUAGGAGCUGUAUUACGGACGACGUCGAGGUCUGAAAUGGAGUUCUGGAUGCGGUUUGAGAGUGCUGUAGAAUCACAGAGACAUUCUCAAUCAAUGUCUGACAAUGAUAACUUUUCUUUAAUUCCUGAACUAAAAACAAAUAGGGAUUUGGAGAGACAUGCAAGUCAAGUCUAUACUUUCACUAACUUUUACAAGUUUCAAGAGCAGUUGUGGCUUGCUUGUAUGGAUUGUGAAGUUGAGGACAAGAAAGAGACAGAAGAGGGACUAGUUAUAACAAUAUCUAAUCAUGCUAGAAAAAAUGGGAAGAUGCGUGAGGUUGUAUAUAACUCUCUUAGUCACGUGGCACGCUGUUCGUGCAAAAUGUUUCAAUGUGAAGGCAUUCCAUGCCGACAUAUAUUAUGCAUUCUGAAGGGAAAAGGUUUGUCUGAAGUUCCAGGUUACUAUAUCUUGAACAGAUGGACCAAGAUGGCAGCAAGCAAGUCAAUUUUUAACGUGUCUAGUAACCUUUUGGAAGGUUGUUCCAAAAGAGAUAAUGAGGAUAAGCUCAUUUCUAAUAAUUGGUUGGAAUUCAUGAACUGCAUGAAUUUGGCAGGAAGAGACCCUGAAAAACUAACUCUUAUCUCAAAUGAAUUACAAAAUGUAUCAAAACAAUUAAAAGAGUUCGAGAGUAAUCCCACUGAGAGCAAGACACAAGAGUUGGAAUCUUUUAUCGGAUCAAGUGCACCGAAAGAAGUUGAGAUUCUUCCACCAAAACAAUCGAAUACCAAAGGAUCUGGUAAACGUAUGAAGGGGGGAAAAGAGAAGGCAAUGGAACAGCAAGAAAAGAAACAGAGACAUUCUGCUGCUGGUGGUGGUGGUGGUGAUGGUGUUGUUGCUGCUUUUGAUGUGGUUUUGCUGCUGCUGGUGGUGGUGGGCGAAUUUUGUGCUAGUUCUCGUUGCUUGACUACUUGUUACAGCAAUAAGCUGAAAUCAAUUCAGGGGAUACUAAUUUCUAGAUCAAUCAUACCAAUCAUGAUUCAUGAGGAGACAACACUGGCACAAGCAAUUAGUAUCUGGCCUGCAUACUAA